AAAUCAAUAUUCGUAUCUUUUACAUUUGCAUUGAGAAUACAAUUUAAUUUCUGGCGAGUUUGGAAACUACUGGCAUCGAAGUAACCAUUACUUUAUCUUACACUCAAUAGAUCUGUAAACCAUGGAUGCUAACCAUGAUUCCAACUCAAUCAAUUCAUCCAUUGCUGAGCGCCGUGUCAAAUCAUCUCGUGUGGAAAGAGUUUCAACAGCUAAAUCAGAACGUCGACUGAGUAUUGUUUCUUGUUCAUCUCUUGUUGCUCGCCAUUUACUAGCUAAUGGAAAAGUACAGCCUGAAGAUGUGUUUUCCAUUGAAGAUAAUGAUCCAACCAACUUAACGGAUCACCAAGAUUCUGGAACACUUAUUGUAUUGAAAAAUCUAAUCUGGUCAAUGAGGAUUCUCGGUUUAUGGCCCAAGCCUCAUCCAACAUUUUUCGGUCGCCUGAAUCCUCAAGGUUGGGUCGUAUUCGUCUAUCUUCAUAUUUACGCAGUUCAUAAUGUGAUCAAUUGGCUAUUUACUUACUACAAAUACUCAGAUUUCACUAUUUUCUUGGAAAACGCUUCAAUGGUCAUUAGAACUGGAGCAACUGCAGUGACUUUUGAUCUUUUCUACCUCAAAUUUUUGGAAUCCAUUCGUUCGGUGAAACAACUGGGUGGCUUUCCCUUUGAAGAAGGUGGCAUUUGCCUGAUGGAAUUGAAAACACCGAUAAAUAUCAUUGUACUUGCCAGUUGGAUCUAUUUAGCAAUGGUUCUUGGAUUCACUUCUUGGUCAACUGCAACAAUGGGAGUUCAAAAAUUUAUGGAUUACUAUUUCUAUGGAUUUAGGGUUGGUCAUGUUAACGCUGUUGUUAUGAGAUUUUUAAUGGCUGGAGUUUGGAUUGCUCAUAUUGGAAUCACAUUGACGGCUGAAAUUUUCCUUAAAUCUUUUUAUGUUGCCUCGUGUUUGCUUUUGGGUAAAACUGCUCGUGCUUAUAAUGCGAUGGUUUCCCAUUUGGGUGAACAGGACGACUUGACUGGUGAAGAAAUGAAUAGAGUUAAUAAGCUACAUACACAGUUAACUGAUUUAGUUCAUGGCGUUGAUAAAACUUUCACGAUCAAAGCUUUCAUUUGGAUAUCAACCAUUUUUCUCAAUCUAUGCAUCAAGAUUGGAAUCAUUUGUAUUGCCACUGAUCCAAGCUGGGUUAGCAAUGCGUCUCUAGACAUCAUUAAUUAUCUUGUUAUUUUCAUUGUUAUUUCACUAACUGCUGCUGAUGUUUCCCUUCAAUGUGAAGUGUUACUUCCUUUGGCUCAUCGAUUGGCAGCUAAAGCUGACAUGAAAAAUUUGACCGUACUUUAUCAGGCUAAACUAAUGAUUGCUAAAAUGAGCCAUCCAAUUGCUAAAUUGACUGGAUGGAAAUGCUUUGUGCUUGAUCGUCCUUUUAUUUUAACGAUUACUGGAACAAUUUUGACCUACUCUGUUGUUUUGAUGCAAAUGAGUCGAUCAAUGGCCGCUCAGAGUAACUCUAAAAAUAUGAUUAAUGGGACAAACAUAGUAGCAAAAAAUAAUACAAUUUAAAAGCACAAUAACUUAACAUAACUGAUUGAUUGAUUGAUAUUUUGCUUGCCUAGACAGCAUAAUACAAUGGAUGGAUUCAAUUAUUUAUCUGAUCACUUCUGUUUGUUUGGAUGAUUUCUUGCUAGCAAAUUAUUUAUUUUAUUGAUUUUUCAUUGUAAAUUAUCAAACUGUUCAACUCUAAUUAUUUAUUCAUUGUAAUAUCAUCCAAAUGAAUUGACCUUGGUUUACUAAUCAUGUUUAGCUGUAAUAACCUAAAAUAGUUAUAAUAAAAAAGGAUUGUCCCGAUAUCUGAUUGCUU